AUGACCCCCCAAACAGCCGCAAUAACCAUCCCUCUGACCAUCCACCUCACAAACCUGGCACGACCAAGCCCAGGCCCCCCCUCUCCCCAACCCCCACGCCGCACACCAAGCAUCCGGCGUACACAGGCGAUGGAAUUCCCCAGGCAUGCAGCGAGCGGGGCAUCAAAUAAUACCUCCCCAAACUUCUCACCGAGCCUAACAGAUUCGACGAACCCGCAUACUAUACAGCGGGGCCGUGCUCUUUCGGAGAUUGCGGAUGGGGAUGGGGGUGAUGAGGAGGAGGAGUAUCAAAUGUUGCGGCGUGCGAGAAGGGAUUCGGUUGGUGGUGGUGCUUCGUCUAUGACUGGACGGGCGCGUGCUGGUCGUGAGACUUGUGGACAUGCGAGGGUUAUGAAUUUGGUUAACUUGCCACUUUCGAGGUCUUUGGUUUCUAGGUUGAAUGGAAGGUAG